CCUGCAAAGAAAAACAAUACUAAGCACAACUUCUUGGACUACAUCUGACCAAUAUUUUUUUUGAAUGACUUUCGCUCUAUGGAAGUUUAAGUGUAUAGUAAGAAUCUAAUCUUUGAGUCGCGGGACGUACAAAAACACCCUGACUCAGAACAAGCAUUUGUGAAUCACACGAAAUAAUGCUUGUACUGCGCGGGGAUCGGAACCGCGACACACGGCGUACAGUGGGUUUGGCGUGAUGACUUCAACCACUCGGCUAUACGUGCAAUCAUUGGAUGCAUGUAGUACCUAGCUGCAGUAUAUUGUGCUCUUCUUGUUUUGAGACCUAUACCCUAUUCAACGAGCCAUGAGCCAAAAGGUAAACAAACCAUAAAAAGGAUUCUUUAUAUGUCACGAUUGAUGUACUGAACUUAUUUUAUAAAAAUAACUACGGAAGCAUACACAGACAACAUAAGAAAUUAUAUUUUAGUACGAAGUCUAUAAAACGUUUGUAAUCCGUUCAGACUUAUUUGAAAUCAAAUAUCAUAAAUGCCUUAAAUUAUUUUCUUAAUUUUAAUUAAUUAUGAAUUAAAUAGUUUACAUGUAAAAGAACCUAAAAAAGAAACUAUUCUCAAACUUGGAACGCAUUUUAAUACGACUAAAUGAAGACCACAGAUAGUGCGAACAUUUUACAUCAAAAUGUGACGUUUUUUCAUCGGUCGGGUCAUAACCGCCAUCUUUACUAUCGAACAACUUGUUGAUGUGAGAAAUCCCACUGCAGACAUUUUCGUUAAAUUCAUGUUAUUCCGUUGUUACUUUUAUUGUUUUCAUUAGGUUUAUUAUUUUGUUACGUUUAAAGUUAUUUGUUAAUUGUUUUGUUUUAGUUAUAUUGACGUUUUCGUGUAAUAACAUAAGUGAACCUGAACCUGGGCCAAGCAAUGUUUCCUGUGUCCCAGUCCCCCAGCCGGGUGCAAACCCUAUGGCUGAAGACGUCCACUCUUUGUCAAUGUCCAGACACGGCGGCAAUACCAGCCUACUGAAGCUAAUGGCCGUCAUAGAACAUAUAACAUGUCGAGCAGAUAACACACCCCGGGACCGAUACGACAGAGACGCUGGCUACGAAAACACAGGGCUUAACAACGACGCGUAUUUGUCUCAAGCAAGCCGGCUUUAUGACGCUGAUCGAGCUAACUAUGGCCCGGAAGCCGCUGCCAGGACUAGAAAUCUAUACCCACAAUACAGGAAUUAUCGAUACUCUUUCUACCCUCUGCGUCCAUUAGAUAGAAAUGAAGAAAGCUCUGAAAGUGAUGAUGGCGAUGAUGAUGACGACGAUGGAGAAAUGUCAGUCAACGUUACUGGUAUGCCUAGUUUCGGCAUGUUCAGUAAAGGUGGAUUUAGUUAUGGGUUUAAAGGUUUGGGAGGGUAUGGCGGUGGCAGUAGUAGUAGCAGUAGCAGUAGUAGUGCAAAUUUCAAUUUCGACAGUAAAGGCAAAGGUUCUCUGAAUAUGGCCGGUGGUAUAAACUCGCUGGCCGAGGUAGACGGUAAAGCUUCAGCGAGUGCUGAAUGCAGCUGUGAAGCGACAUCGAAUAUUGAGAGCGAAGGUGGAUUCCUCUGCUUCAAGACCAUCGGUGACAAUGGUGAUAUCAAAAUAGUUUACGACGGGUAUUCAAAGUUCAGUGUAAGCGCACUAAUAACUGCUAUUAAUACAUUAAGUGAACAGUUUGCCAUGAAUUUCAAAGCUGAUACCGCAUUGGUAAUCAAUCAAAACACUAACGAGCAGGACAACAAAGGCAAGAAAAACAAGAACAAAGGUAAGAACGAUAAAAAGGCUAACAAAAAGGUUGAUAUGAAGAUCGAGACUAACAUAAAUACUGAUGUCAAUAAUUUCGAUAAGAACUUUAAAUUCGAUUUGAACGGUUUCCUGAAUGGAAAUGCUAUGAAAUCCUUUAUUAUAAAAUGGAGUAUGAAGAAUUUUGUGUUUGACAUAAAUGACUUUGCUAUUACGGCUGACAGUCUAGUUAAUUCAAAACAAAGAGCUGAAUUUGAAGCGAAACUCCAAGCAUUUAUACAAGCUAGAAAUAAAAUUAUAGCUGAAAUCAAAAAGGUCUCUAAAAAGAAAGCUGCUAAACUGCAAGCCCAGCUCAACGCUCAACUGCAGGCUAUUAAUAAAAUGAAGACACAGGCGAUUUUAAAAUAUGAAGCCAUGAGUAAUGACGGUAAUUCAAUUAAUUUCGACUCAUUAAACAACGGUUUUACAUUUGAGUCUCAUAAGGAAUUCAACGGUGACACGGGUUCUGAUUCCGAGUUUAGUUUUAAUGAGGGCUUCGAGAGCGAUUUUAAUGUUGCCUUUAAUGGCGACUCAAACGGUGGUACAAACGGUGGCAUCCAUGAUGAAAUAAAUGGUGGCAUGAAUGGUGGCAUGAAUAGUGGCAUGAAUGUUGAAAUAAAUGGUGGCAUGAAUGAGGGAAUGAAUGGUAACAUGAAUGGUGGCAUGAAUGGUGGCAUGAAUGGCGGCAUGAAUAGUGGCAUGAAUGUUGAAAUAAAUGGUGGCAUGAAUGAGGGAAUGAAUGGUGGCAUGAAUAGCGGCAUGAAUGGCGGCAUGAAUGGCGGCAUGACUGGCGGCAUGAACGGUGGCAUGAAUGGUGGUAUCCAUGGUGAAAUAAAUGGUGGUAUGAAUGUUGAUGGAGGUACAGAUGGUAAUAUUAAUGGCGGAUUUGUGAACAGUUUCAACAGUGGAUACAACACUGGCUUCAAUUCUGGAAUCGGUGCUAUCAGUCUUGGGAUAACUGGUGGUGGCGGUGGCGGUAGUAGUGGUAGUUUAUUGAGCGGGGUAUCCAAUGGUGCUGGUAGUCUAUUAGGUGGGAUAACUGGUAGCGCUGCUGGUGUGGCAAGUGGGAUAGGUGGCAGUCUAAAGGAUAGGUUUGGCGGAAGCAGUUUAAUGCAAUCUAUAACUGUAGGAGCUUCAAAACCUAAAAGUUUCCUAGGUCUUGACGAAUUGAUUGGUGGGGAAAGAUUGGGUGGUACUAUCAGUGGUGGAGGGGGAGGGUUUAGUGGUGGCGGGGGAUUUAGUUCUUCGAGUGGCAGUAUAUUCGGAUCGUUAACAAGUAGCCAUGGGGAGUUUGCAUCGAGGACUAAAGGACAAGAACAAUUCGGUCCAGGUACCGACUGGAACGACAAUUAUUUACGGUACAAUGACAACAAACAUCAAAAACCGCAGGACUUGUAUGCAUCUUACUAUGAGCCUGCAUACUACAACUUGUUGGGACAAGGGAGUCACAAUGUUAACGAUGAGGAUCCCUAUUACCACCGUGCCGUCCUUAACGGCGUUGUCCCCUUAAAUAAUCAAAAACAAAAGAACUUCAGUCCUUAUCAGAAUGGCCGGUAAUAUAGAACACUGUAAUAAAUUGUAAAUUGUUUAUAAUGCUGUUUCACUUUAAUCUCAUUAUGGAUGAAUAAGUUUUGGGGAAUGGCGUCCUUCCACCACAUCCUAAACUAAGACUUAUAGCUGCGCUUUCAUUGUUAUAAGGAAAGCGUCAAACAUCUUGACGAAUCGCUGAGUGCAUUUUCUACGUUAUCUUUUGGACAUUUUUACCGACAAAUACAACGGGCCACAUAUUCACGCGGAAAACCAAAACAACAUAUGUCCA